CAUAUUUUUUUCCCCAAUUUUUUUUUUUAUCAUGAAUAGUUAAAUUUAUCUAGUUUUUCAAAAGGCAUGCAUGUAGAGCCUACAAACAAUAAGCUAUUAGUUUUUUGGUAUAGUUUUCUUUUUUAACUUUGGAUUGAUAAAUCAUAAAUCUAAAAACUCAUUACUAGUGCAUGUUUAUAGCUGGACAUUAUUGAAAGGGUUUAGGAGUAUUUUCUAAAAAAUAAAUUUGGUAUCGUGAUUUCCAAAUCAUUGUUAUUUGGAUAUGCAUGUUCAAUUUCAUCGUAUGCAAACUUGCAUUCUUUUUUUUUUUUUUUUAAAACUUGCAUUCUUGAAUGUCCACUGAAUUAGUGCAAUUCCUUUGUAUUGCAAUAUUAAAUGUCAUUUAGUGUUGGGCCAUAGCUGAGUAAUAUAGGGCUUGGAAGCCCAGAAGGGUAAGGCCCGUCCAAAGGGCCCAAGAAGACGUCUGGGGAACGUAACACACAAGAAAACAGAUAAAGGAAGGCGGCCAUACUAGGACAUGACAGGUACUAGGACGCCUGACACAAAGAGCCGUUAGGGGCAUAAUGGGAGAUCUUCCUAGGAUACUCACCUCGAAUACUGCAGGACUAAGCAUUAAUUGCCGCCGUAGGCGGUCUAAAUAAAGUAAGACAAGGUAUAGGGCGCCUGACAUGGUCAUUAAUGCUCGAAGCCCAGCCCAAACCACUAUAAAUACAUUCAUAUCUGCAUUGAUGGUAAACCAACUACUCCCUCUCUCUCUAAACAUUACUAUAAGAUUCUCUCUCUCUCUAACUUGAGCUUUGGAGGGUGUCCUGGGUGAUCACCCAAGGACCCUUGUUUUGCAGGAGCUUGGAGUCCCCCAUCAUCCGGAUCAGUCGCCUUGCUAGUUCCGCAAACCCGCCUAGUACUUUCUAGGCUCAAACAAUUUGGCGCCCACCGUGGGGCUAGCAUUGCACUGAAGAAAAGAUGGAUGGGAGCUCCAAUACUCCCGUCAAAGGCGUAGUGGAAAGAAGUCCCCUUCGCGCACCAGACGCACCAGCGAGCGGAAUACGAGGUAUGGAGAUGCCAACCGUAGAAGAAGAAAUGGAAAUGGAGGACCGCGUAAAGAGCCAAGGACAGCAAAUAUCGAGCAUGCAAGAAAGCUUGAUCCAAAUUUUGGCGAUGCUCAAGGAGAAGGAAAGUGACGCCCCCGAAAGCUCAGGAAGGAAGGCGGUCAAAGGGAAGAGGAAGGAAGGCGGUCCUAGCAGCCCCGUCUCAACAGAAGGCGGGGAGUCGGAGAAAGAAGAGGACGACCUUCACUUGGGAUUCCUCGAAGAGCAUCUCAAGCCCUCAUACGGGAAGGUGAAGGGCCCCAACAUCCUGCAGAAUCCACUAGCCAGGAGUUUGUUCAGGACCCAGGUCCCCCCUAACUUCUCGUCACUAGGGCUCCCAACGUACGAUGGAAGCUCAGAUCCCGCCGAUCAUUUGAGUGCGUUCAUGCUCAAAAUGCAACUCAUCAACGCCACAGACGCUGAUCUGUGUAAGGCGUUCCCCGUCACGUUCAGCGGUCACUGCCGAACCUGGUACACCUCCCUCCCAGAAGGGAUAAUAGAGGAUUUUGAGCAGUUCGCGACUCUUUUCUCUUCGAAGUUCGCGUCGCAGAGAAGGAGAAAGCUAACGGUCUCGUCACUCAUCAAUUGCAAGCAAGGAAGGGAGGAGUUGCUUACAGACUUCUACGAUAGGUGGAACGCGAUAGCCUGCGAGGUACAGGGGAUCUCGCCAAAUGUAGCGGCGGGAAACCUACGCAUGUCGACGCAUAGCCGCGAGCUACGAAGGGCGCUCAUUAAAAAAGAGCACUCGCUGAAAGAAUGGACCGAUCUGGACCGCCUUGUGAGGAAGGCGAUCCUGUUAGAAGAAGCCAUGGCAGUUGAAGAAACUGCCAAGCACCCCAACCCGAGAGAGAGAACAGAAAGGAAGAGAGGAUCGCCAAAGAGAAGAGGGCGUUCUUCGGAAAGGAGAGGUUAUAAGCCGCGGUUCGCGCAACGAGACAACAGGAAGGAAGUGUACACCACGAGUCAAGACAGAGGUCGAGAGAGGCAAAAUGACAGCAGUGCGCGCCAGACGCACAGGAGAGAAGAUGACCGAAAAUGGUGCGACUGGCACCAAAUGCCCACACAUGACACCACGGAGUGUCGGGAAUUCAAAGCAAGCCUCAAAUACUUAGCACCCGGGGAUCUCAAGAGCCGCUUGGACACGAGACCGCAGAAGGAGGAGCAAAGGCACCACAGAAAUAGGUCUCCAAGUCCGAGAAGGAGAUCUCGCACGCCGAAGCGGCAUAGGUCGAGGUCGCAGAGAAGGGAACGCUCGCCUAUGCAUGAUCGCCUGCCGCCACCACCAAGAAGGUCUCCUCCACGUCGACAACCGCGCGCUAAUGAGGAUGACGUUGAGGUAAUUACCAUUGCGGGCGGCCGGAAGAGGCCCAGAAGCGAAGGGGAGCGCCUAAUCCAAUGCCUGAACGUUCACAAGAGCGAACAGGUGGAUAUCAGCUUCUCACCUGAUGAGCUGGCCCCUGAAGAAAGCGCGGAGGACCCGCUGGUCAUCUCCUUACGAACGAGAAAGUUCAAGAUCACCAGGGCGCUAGUGGACAACGGUAGUUCGGCGGACAUACUGUUCUAUUCCACGCUCAAAAGCAUGAAGAUGAGCGUUCAAGAUCUCAAACCUUCUUCCACCAGCCUCGUAGGGUUUUCAGGGUCCAAAAUCAGAGUGUUAGGUCUGAUCACACUACAGGUAACAAUCGGAGAGGGGAGCAUAACGAAGACCCGUUCCAUGGAUUUUCACGUAGCAGACUGCCCAUCAGCAUACAAUGCAAUCCUGGGGCGUGGUUUCUUGUCACUAUUCUCAGCGGUCCCAUCCACGUGCCACCAAACGCUCAAGUUCCCAGUAGGAGGGCGCAUUGGGCAAGCCAAAGGAAACACUGAACAAGCAAAAGAAUGCUAUCAAGCAACCAUAGAAAGUUUGGAGGUAGACUUAGUGGACACCAGAGGCGGUCACCCUCGUCCAGAGGCGGUGGAAGGGGAUGCUGAGGUAGUAUUGGACAGCGAAGAGCCAACAAAAAAGGUGAGGAUUUCUUCUCAUCUCGCGGAAGAAAAGGCAAGGGAGCUCCUAGUACUCCUCAAAGAAUUCAAAGACUUGUUUGCGUGGACGUCCGAAGACAUGCCGGGCGUAUCAAGAGAGCUCGCCGAGCAUCGUCUGUCGGUCAAAAGUAAGGCGAAGCCAGUGCAACAGCGCAGAAGAAACGCGUCUCUGGAGAAGCAAAUGGCGUUGGAAGAAGAAGUUAAGCGGUUGCUUAAAGCCGGCUUUAUAAGGGAGGUCAAGUACCCAACUUGGCUGUCGAACCCAGUCUUUGUUCGAAAAGCCUCCGGCCUCUGGCGAAUGUGCAUCGACUUCACAAAUCUAAAUGCAGCCUGUCCAAAAGACGCUUACCCUCUUCCGAGAAUCGACCAGCUCAUUGAUGCAACCGCCAACCAUGAAAGCUUGAGUUUCCUUGAUAUGUUCUCAGGAUACCACCAGAUCCGCUUAUCUGAGGAGGAUCAAGAGAAGACCGCGUUUAUGACGCACAUGGGAAACUUCUGCUACACAGUCAUGCCGUUUGGCCUAAAAAAUGCUGGGGCAACAUACCAAAGGAUGAUAGAUACAGUUUUCAAAAGCCAACUUGGCCGAAACGUGGAAGCAUAUGUAGAUGAUGUUCUAGUCAAAAGCAAGGAAGAAGGGAACCACCUGAAAGACUUGAGGGAGACUUUCGAGAGCUUGAGAAAGGAAGGUCUGCGGCUGAACCCCCUCAAAUGCGUGUUUGGCGCCAAAGCAGGAAAGUUCCUUGGUUUCAUGAUAACCAGGAGAGGGAUUGAGGCUAACCCAAAGCAGAUAGAAGCCAUCACGAGUUUGAGGCCGCCCCAGACAGUCAAGGAGAUUCAGGCAUUCAAUGGAAAAAUGGCCGCUCUGAGUCGCUUCAUUCCAAGAUCUGCAGACAAAUGUUCCCCUUUUUUCCAGAUGCUCAAAAAGUCAGCGUCGCGUUCACAAUGGAGCGCGGAGUGUGAUAAAGCGUUCUUUCAGCUAACGGAACAGCUCACCUCUCCACCCGUGCUAAGCGCCCCGAAACAAGGGGAGCCGUUGUAUCUUUACCUGGCGGUGUCAGAUCAGGCGGUCAGUUCAGUCCUAGUCAGGAGAGAUACUGAUGGCUCAGACCAUCCUGUAUAUUAUGUGAGCAAAGCGCUCCUCCCAGCUGAGCGGCGCUACAUGCCAAUAGAGAGAGCAGUCUUAGCCGUGGUAACGGCCGCUAGGAAGCUCCGUCCCUACUUCCAGGAGCACCCCAUAGUCAUUCUCUCGAACCUCCCGUUAAGAAGAAUACUAAAGGGCAUGGACGUGUCGGGACGAAUGACCAAGUGGGCCGUUGAGCUCAGCGAGUAUGAUGUUACAUACGCUCCGCGCCCCUCCAUCAAGGGGCAAGUGCUGGCAGACUUCAUCGCGGAGGGCUUUAGUCUUAGUGACGAAAAAGAAGAGAACGAAGCUUGGCGCCUGUUCGUGGAUGGGGCGGCAGGAAAAGGAGGAGCUGGAGCAGGGAUAGUAAUCGAGACGCCCACAGGUGUAAUACAUGAGAUAUCUCACCGCUUCCUGGAAUUAAAAACCAACAACGUGGCGGAGUACGAAGCGCUCCUCAGUGGGUUGAAGAUAGCGGUCAGCAUGGGGGCAUCGAACUUACAUAUUCACUCCGAUUCAUUGUUGGUAGUAAAUCAAGUGCUGGAAAGUUACGAAGUUAAAGAGGAGGCGUUCACCAAGUUGGUUGGAGCGGUCAGAGGGAUUCUAUCACAGCUAGACUCCUGGAAGUUGGAGCAUGUGAAGAGGGAAGAUAACCAUCACGCUGACGCCCUGUCCAAACUGGCAACCGCCAUGGACUUCGAAGGGGAGCGACAGAUUACAGUGACUAAAGAAGCGGCUCCAACCUAUGAGGUAAUGGUCCUUAACGAGGAAAGUCAAGACUGGCGGUCUCCUCUGAUCGGCUACCUGCAAAGUGAUAUCGUCCCCGAAGAGGCACUCCUAGCCAAGGCGCUACGACGAAAGGCAGCCCAUUAUACCAUGAUAGAGGGACAGCUAUGCAAGAGAUCAUUCUCGGGGGCAUAUCUGAAAUGCCUAGGUCCUGAGGAAGCCAAAUGGGUGGUCAAAGAAAUCCACCAGGGAACUUGUGCGACGCAUUCCGGACCGCGGAGUCUCGAACGAACAAUACUGCUGCAGGGGUACUACUGGCCGACAGUCAAGAAGGAUGCGAUGGAGGCGGUCAAGAAAUGUCAUGAAUGUCAGAUCCACGCUAACAAACAGCACUUGCCCAGCGAACAGCUCAGAAGCAUCACGGGGCCUUGGCCAUUCGCACAAUGGGGCCUAGAUCUCCUCGGACCAUUUCCUACAGCUCCGCUGGGCAAGAAGUAUUUGGUCGUUGCGGUCGAUUACUUCACGAAAUGGAUUGAAGCCGAACCGCUCGAUACAAUCACCAGCGCCAAGAUCCAGAAGUUUUUGUUCAACAACAUCAUGAUCAGGUUUGGCACGCCUCAUACGAUUAUAACUGACCAUGGCACGCAGUUUGACUGCAGACCGUUCGAAAACUUCUGUGCAAAGAACCGCAUCGUGUGCAAGAUGGCAUCCGUGGCGUUCCCUCAGGCGAAUGGGCAAGUCGAAUCAUCCAAUAAGCUAAUCCUUCGAGGACUGAAACGAAGAUUGAAAGAAGCAAAAGGGGGGUGGACCGCAGAGCUACCUCAUGUCUUGUGGGCUCACAGGACAAACUACAAGCAAGCUACUGGCGAGACACCAUUUGCUCUGACAUAUGGUGCGGAGGCGGUCGCGCCAACAGAGUUAGUACUACCUUCACUCCGCGUCCAGUCUUACGACUCUGAGGACAACCACAAGAAGCUGCUUCACCAAUUGGACAUGAUCGAGACAAGGAGGGACGCGGCUCUGGUCAGAACCUUAGAGGAAAAGAUGAAGGUGGCCACGGCAUACAACGCCAAAGUAAAGCCAAGACCGUUGGAGGAGGGCGACCUGGUUCUGAAGAGGAAUUUCAAGCAGAAAGAAGGACACGGCAAGUUAGCAGCCGCAUGGGAAGGCCCCUACCUAGUAGGGGAGAAGUUAGGAGCAGCAACAUAUGUGCUAGCAACAAUGGAGGGGAAACCGCUUAAAAAGACCUGGAAUGCCAUCCACCUGAAAAAAUACUUCGAGUGAUGAACGAAAAUCCAACUGACCGCAGAGUCUUAUAUGGGCACUCAAUUGUAGAGCGUCCACUUUUGGGGAAAAAGCUUCCCGUGUAAAACACAAGUUAUGAAAGUGCCACUGAGCACCCAAUUUGCCCAAAUUGUGAUGUAUUUAUGAUAAACGUCUAACCGCCUCAGAGCUUAAAACGUCAUUUUAGGCUAUAUCGUGCUCAUCCGCCCUCGAGCAAAAAGCACAGCCAACCGCUUCAAAGCAAGAGGUUCAAACCUAAUCGCUUCGAAGCACAAACGCAACCGCCCUAAAGCAAAAAGGCCCGGACCUCAAAGAACACAAGUAAAUAAAAGCAUCCAUAACAG